UUUAUGUACAACAUAAUAGAAUCCUUACUUUUGGUGUAAUAGAGUUUUUAUAAAAAUUGUUUUGUUUGCCAACAAUUUUGGCCCAAAAUAAUGGAUAAAACCAAUGAAAAAAAACCAAUAACACCGCGUCGACUUGGACUGAGUCGAAAUGUUUCAACAUUUAAAAAUGUGACACCAAAUCGUUCCGAUGUCAAUUUGAAAAUGACCCCAACAAAUAUUCCGCGUUCAAAACAAACAGCUGAAGAUUGUUUGGCAACACCAACGAAACGUACAAAACUAUCAUCGGACGAAUGCAUUACAAUUUCGGAACUGGGCAAUGUUGAUCAAGACAUUUUUCCAAAAAAUGUCCAAGAUGUGAAAGCAGAGAUUUCACAAAUGAAAAAACAACUGGCGGCGUACGACAAGUACAAAGGCGAAGAAAAGGAACUAGAAGGCCUCAUUGAAUUGUGGUGCAAUGGUGGCAACGAUGCCCUUCAAAUGUUACAAGAAGACAUUCAACCAAAACAGGAAAUUGAACAGAUUCUCACCCACCUCAACUUGCCAAUAGAUAUUUUUAACAACGUUUAAGAAUAAAGAUUUACAUUUUCUACUGAAUUCAA